AUGAAUGGGGGCGCGCGGCAUCCAAGAACGAAGUAUCACAGGAGGAGGAGCGGAGGAAAGAGAGUGAGUAUGUUGUCUGCGGUUUUGGCUAAUACUGACAUGCAGUACCAGCCUCGGAUGAUUCGUUUUUCACGUCGUGCUCUGUACAGAGUAACAUUACAGGUAAGAACCUUCAACCCAAGGUCUAUGUAUACUGAUAUUCUAGAUGUACCGAUACAUUCCGAGGAGAAUGCUAUUAUAAGGGACGGUCCGCGAAGGACGGUGGAUGUACAACAUGUCUCAGUCCCUCCGGAAUCUUAUACUAAGCUAGAAGAUGGCAUGAUGUGUUCGAGAGCCAGGGCAAAGCUUGUAAACGCAAGGGAGACCCCAAAGAACUCCCGCUGUCACCAGAGCCAUCUCAAUCGACCCCAAGCGCGACCAAAAAUACCAGAAUGUCGGGCCCCAAAAGACCAACACUGCAACGAUGGCCGUAUAUGCAAAGCAAGCAACUGGAAAAUCACAGACUCCACCUUGUUUGCUUACAACGCCAUGCUCGGAUGUAGUCAUGGCGAAAAAACAGAUUUGUAUGCGUGGUUGAAAGGCCACCAUAGAAACUGUGGGCCGCAAAGUGACUGCUCUUUAUUGCUUGGGAAGUUGGAGGCGCAGGGUCUGAACUCCUCAAAUACUGAGGGAGAUAAUCAUGGGAAUGGGAGGGUGUUUUCGGUGCCUCGUCCGAGUUAUGAAGCCACAACUCGAUGGGGUGACGACGAGUCGAGGCUACAUGGAGCUGCCAGACCAACAUUGCGCGGAGAGUCCGAGGAAAAUUCCGCAGCACGGCAUACUCAAGCAGACUGUAGCUUUUCUGGCUACUAUAACGGCGGAGACAUCCGGAAAGACCUUCAAGGGGGGUCAAUUCAGCCAACUGCUGCAUCCGUAAAGGACGAAGUCGACUCUACAGACGCCUAUGUAUCAGACGGCGAGGACUCGGGCAGGAUAUCCCCAGACACAUAUCGCCUAUGGACCACGAAUUGUUCCAAAGGCCAAAAGAAUUCUCGCCAGAGUACGGAAGACUGCGCCAUAUGCCAUGCUCAAACGGCUGGCCUACACACUGCUCAUGAACAAGUCGACUUGAUACCCGACGACACAACUACAGCAUCCUGCCCGUCCAUCUCAUCUGAUAACCAGCCCCAAGUCCAAGCCGCACUCACCCACCCCCUCGCACCGCCUAUAAUCCACACCGUCCCCCUAUCCCAAUACACCAGCGCCGUCAGCCGCCGCGUCUCCUUCCUAGACUCCUCAGAACCGCACAUAUCCCAACUCGCCCGCACCCGCACCCUCCUGCGCGACCAGAUAUCCACCCUCCAGGAAACACUAGACAGCAUCGCGGCACAUGCGGACAAAAUCAUGCGCAGACGCCACCCACUGCGCACGGAAGCAGAUAUGAGGGAGCACAGCGAGAGGGAGGACAUAUACGCCUAUUUGAAGGACUACAUGUGCCGCCUAGACGCGGAAUGCGACGCCCGGCAUGAGAAACUGCAUCUUCUAGCCCGCGAGAUUGACAAGCUGAGGGAGCAAGAGGGCAACCUAAGGGUCAUGAUAGAAGCGGUGGGGGAGACGGUGGGCGUGGGCGUGGAAGAAGUCAACGGGGACGUAGGCGAGAUGGAGAGGCUGGUGAGGUUGAUCGACGAGGGGGAGAUGGAGAUUUUGAGUAGGCAGGAUCACUGUGCGUGUUAUUAA